AUGCUUCGCGUGGUCCCUGGAACUUGUAUUAUCUAUUCAUACGAGGCGAUGACAGACGAUAUAGAUCUCCCAAUCGCGCUGCGGCGGACGCGUCGAAGCAGUUCCGGAAAUUUUACAGGCACCGCAUCAUCAUGUACAGUUCAGAUUAAUAUUCAAGCCUCACCAAAAUCAACAAAGCAGUCAUGCACUUCCUCAUCAGAUGUUGCCUCAACACCCAGAAAAAAAGGCCGUCGCCCUCGAAAACAAGUCAGGUUCUCGGACCCAGGCCCAAUUUUGGACCAACUGCAAAAUGAGGACCAUUUAUCUUCCACAGGUCUAACCCCCAUGGUCAAGAAGACUUCUCUUACUCCCGUUGCAUCUUCUCGAAGGCGCCACUCUACCCCAGCAAAAUCAUCAUCUUCGGUGUCAAGAAACGGCUUAGACUUGUACAUCAACCAUGACAGUCCAGCAUCCCCUUUUAGUGGAGAUGUAAAGCUACUGCCUCUACGACAGGUCCUAGAUGGCCGUGUCAAACGUAGGCUUCGUCGCAAUGGACUCAGUGAGGAGAUGAACUCUAUUCAUGCAGAGAAGAGGAAGAAGGCGACUGAGACCAAGGCGGAGCUUCAACGUCUGAGAGAUGAUCUAUCGGCCAAGGAUGCAGAAAUAAGUCAGCUGCGAGCAACACAGCAACAACAGCAUCAGGAUGCAUGGCGUCAAAAUCUACCAAUACAAGAGGAAUUUGAUCCUGACCAGACCAUAGAUACCAUGGUCGGCGACACUGAGCGCAUAUUCGACCUGGAAAGAGAAGUGGCCAGUCUUCGACAGCAACUUCACGACCGAACCGAGACUACCAUCGAGAACACGCGCAGUUACGAAUGGACGUUAGCAGCUAGGGACCCAUUUGCCUUGGGCGAGUAUUCAAUGAUGGAUAUUGAUGACGAAGACGACGAAGACGAGCAGUUUGGUGAUGCCACUAUGGCAGAGCUCCAAUGCAGCACUCCAUCCCGGAGGGCGGGCUCCAGAAAGACUGCCAACGAGACCGCUGCCGCGUCUUUCCCAUCACCACCAGCAACCAGUCCUCUGGCCAGGGGACUGCAGACUCCGAGCUCUCUUCGUUUCUGUUCGAUUCCAGAAUCACACUUCGGCGUACAGACCUCACUGCCUGAUCCAGAAAAGCAGCAGUUGGAAGAAGAACUAGCAUCGCUUCAGGUGGAAGUGUCAAAGCUCACUGCAGCGCUGAAGUCUUACCAAUCGUUGGCAGUCCGAGUAUCCGACCGUAUGUCACUGGUGAAUGUCAGCACCACCACUGUGACCGCGCCAGAAGCCAUCACAGACGCUUCACCAGAGCCUGCCAUCGAAGCGCGACUUGCGGACCUGCUCACUACCGUUUCCGACCGCACAGCCGCGCUCAACUCUCUGUCCACCUCCAUCACGGACCUCGGAUUUCCCGGCUCGGACGCAGGCGAGAUGUUGAUUUCCAUGGCCAGCGCCUUCCGCACCGCCCGCCUCGAGCUAGAGUACCUCACCCCAGGCGAGAUAACCCUCCCACUCAGCUCGGCGGGCGCUGCAGUUCUCGACCUGCUGCUGGCUCGGCUGCGUGAUCUCUCCAAGCGCGCCCGCGAAGACGAAGCAACCAUAGACGAGUACCACGCCCAGGAGCUUUCCCUGCGGCAGCAAUUGUCUGCCAGGGUCGACGUCUCCGGUGAGCUUGCCGCAGAGGUUCAGAAUCUGAAGAAGCAGCUGGAGGACCGUGAUUGCAAGGUCGAGGAGCUCCAGGUCGGCCUUGACAGGGUCAAGGGAGCAGCUGCGAGUUACACGCGCGAUAUUGCAGAACUUGAGAAGUUGGCAGAACGAGUAGAGGCUCAACGCAUAGCUGCGCUUGACGAGUGUGAGCUGCUCAGGGGCGCCGCCACAGCUAAAGAUGCCGAGGUCGACGAGGCUCGCCGGGCUCACGACGCCGCCAUUGUUGAGCUCGAAACAAAACUCGCCACGCUGCUAGCCGAAGCGGGUGAUCUGCGUGUCCGGCUCGCCAAUACAGAGGCAGAUGCCGCUGGAGCACAGAUAAGAUAUGUCGACCAAACCAGGAAGCUGAACAUUGCCCACGGAAGGCAGCUGGCUCUUCGUGAUGCCCGUGUGGCUGAGCUCCGGAUCGAGGUCGACCGUGUGAACGGCGCUCUUCGGGCAGCCCACGGUACUGUCUGUCAACUCAGGGUCGAGAAGAGCAAACUCGAAGGGCGCGUGGAGUAUGAGAAGACUGCUGCCAAAAAGACCGUCGAUGCCAUGAAAGAGGAGCUUGAGCGUGUUGUCCAGAUGAGUCGGGAGUUUUUGGCUUCGACUCCCAAGGAUAAAAAAUCCGAAUCAUCGUCUUCAAGCAGAUCAUCCAGGUAUUCCCGCACCCCUUCAGCCCGCAAAAGCCAACAAUUUGACGGUAUGGCUACGACGGUGGUUCGACCUGGUGGUCUAUUUGAUGCAGCCAAGACGCGGAGGCGCAGCAGUAUGAGCGAGGGCGAGGAUCCCGGUGUAGCCGUUUCCCCAGAAGCUGGAUCUGCCAAAGGAAAGAAACGCCGCCGAUAUGACAGUGGCCUGGGCUUUCUAGAUGAGGAGGAUGUGGACUUUUGA